AUGGCUUCAUCAGAUCAGGCUCUCUUUCACUACUGCCUUCUCACUCUCUACAUCACAGCCCCACCAACUUUCAUCAGUCUCCGGUUCCUCCAAGCCCCAUACGGCAAGCACCACCGUCCCGGGUGGGGACCCACCAUGUCACCACCGUUGGCGUGGUUUCUCAUGGAAAGCCCCACUCUCUGGCUCACUUUCUUAAUCUUCCCAUUUGGUCGCAACUUCAACAACCCCAAAUCUUUCAUUCUCAUGUCCCCUUUUCUCCUCCAUUACUUUCACCGCACAUGCAUCUACCAGAUCCAACUUUAUCUCAAUAACACCUCUCAAAAGAGCGGCUUUCCGGUCACCGUGGCUCUAAUGGCAUUUGGGUUUAAUCUUUUGAACGCUUAUUUACAGGCCAGGUGGGUGUCUCAUUAUAAAGAUUACGAGGGUAAGGAUGGGCGACUGUUUUGGUGGCGGUUUUUGAUUGGCUUGGUAAUUUUUAUAGGUGCGAUGUGGAUUAAUAUUUGGUCUGAUAAAGUAUUGGUGGGGUUAAAGAAACAAGGCGGUGGAUAUAAAAUUCCAAAGGGAGGAUGGUUUGAGCUGGUGAGUUGCCCAAAUUAUUUUGGUGAGAUUGUGGAGUGGUUUGGAUGGGGAGUGAUGACGCGGUCUUGGCCAGGCUUUGGGUUUUUUCUAUACACGUGUGCUAACUUGGUGCCGAGGGCACGUGCGAAUCAUAAGUGGUAUUUGGACAAGUUCGGGGAGGAUUAUCCAAAAGGUAGAAAAGCUGUUAUCCCUUUUGUGCAUCGAGGGUUUUUUGUUUUUAUUGUUUUCAUUGGUUUCUCUUUUGUUUGUGCUGAUCCUCUUCUUCAUAUUAGUCCCCAAUGUUUGGCAGUGUGGGACUUUGUGGUUCAGUGGCUUCAGAUUGUUCAGACUGUUCUAUCACGAUUGGUGGUUCCACCUCAAACUAAGAUCUCUCUGUUUGAUCAGACAUUUCAGGAUCUGUUAUUGGGUAACCUGCAUUGUUAG